AUGGCCUCCUAUGUCGGUUGGGCUGUGACCGAGCUCGUCAAGCGCGAGACCAAAGAUGCCGAUACCGAGGAACCGGAGGCUGGCCAGCAGGAGAUCUACGCGUCAUGGUCCCUCUUUAUUCUUAUCUCGCUGCUCAUAAUAGCUCUCUUCACGAGCUACAUGCUGCAGACGAGAAAGAUCCAGGCCGUGCACGAGACGGUUGUAUCUAUUUUCGCCGGUAUGGUUGUGGGGCUGAUCUUGCGAUUGACGGCGAAUGAGGCUGUCCUGGGCGUCGUCAGUUUCAACUACCAGUUCUUCUUCAACCUUCUCCUGCCGCCCAUCAUCCUUGCCUCCGGUUACGAGCUACACCAGGCGAACUUCUUCCGGCAAAUUGGCACCAUUCUCACCUUCGCUUUCGCCGGCACAUUCAUCUCGGCGCUGGUGCUUGGUAUCUUCUUGUGGCUCUGGACUCGUCUGAACCUGGACGGUGUCUCGCUGUCUUUCGUCGAAGCCAUCUCCGUUGGCGCAACACUUUCGGCUACCGACCCCGUCACCAUCCUUGCCAUCUUCAACACAUACAAGGUCGAUCCCAAACUGUACACCGUCAUCUUCGGCGAAUCGAUCCUUAACGAUGCCAUUGCUAUCGUCCUGUUCGAGACGGCCCAGAGAUACAAGGACGCCGCUGGGGAGAGUUUGACAAUCAUCACUCUUUUUGAGUCAAUUGGAAUCUUCUUGCUGGUUUUCUUCGGCAGCUUGAUCAUCGGCCUUGUUAUUGGCGUCAUGACCUCGCUGCUUCUGAAGUUUACCUAUGUGCGCCGCUUCUCCAAGAUCGAGAGCUGCCUGGUCAUUCUGAUCGCGUACCUCAGCUACUUCUUUUCCAACGCCAUUCACAUGUCCGGUAUUGUCUCGCUUCUGUUCUGCGGUAUUUGCUUGAAGCAUUACGCGUACCACAACAUGUCCAGGCGCACGCAACUUACGACCAAAUUCGUAUUCCAAGUCAUGGCCCAACUUUCCGAAAACUUUAUUUUCAUCUAUCUGGGUCUGUCCCUCUUUACCGAAACCGAGCUCGACUACAAGCCGCUCUUUAUCCUCGUUACCGUUAUUGGCAUCUGUAUUGCCCGUUACUGUGCGGUUUUCCCCCUUUCGAAAGCUGUGAAUGGCAUUAUCCGCUACAAGGCUCGCAGGCGUGGCCGUGAGGUGGCUGAGGAAUUGCCCUGGUCCCACCAGGCCAUGCUCUUCUGGGCUGGACUUCGAGGAGCUGUUGGUGUUGCGCUUGCAGCUGGUCUUACUGGCACUAACGGAUACACCCUCCGUGCCACCGUACUGGUUGUUGUCGUCCUUACUGUCAUUAUUUUCGGAGGCACAACGGCACGCAUGCUCGAGAUUCUGCAGAUCCGGACGGGUGUGGUGGAGGAAAUCGACUCAGACGAUGAGUUUGACAUCGAGAUUGUUCCGGGAGGCGGCAGUGGCGCUAGUGGUGUCACAUAUACCUCCAAACAAGGCCGCGGCUUCGGCCACAACCCUCGACCCAGCGCGAACGGCUUCGUUCUCACGCCGGUGGAUCUGGACGACUCUGGCCGCGGCAAAGGUUUCAGCAGCAGCACUGUCAAUGGUGGCUCUUCCCCCGCAGCCCGUCCCAAUGGUAGCAUGUCCACGCGCCGCAGCUCCAGCCGGACGCAGAACCUCCGUGCUCAAGACUAUGCCGAGCAAGGCUUGCUGCAGCACGAGGACUCGGGCUCUAACUCGGACGUCGACAACGAUCUCGACCUACCUCCUUCGGCUCGCCGCUCGCCCGCUCGUCGCUCUUCACCGAACACUUCCGGUCCUGGCGCGUCAUCGUCGCCGUACACGGAGGAAGUGGCCGCGCCGGCCGAACCACGUGGAAGGCUGCAGAGAAUGACGGGCGCCACGGCCGCGGCGAGGCAGCUGUUGACGGGCCUGAGCGAGGAUCCGGCAAGCGCCUUCAGGCAGAUCGACGAAGGCUUCAUCAAGCCGCAUCUGCUGCUCGAUCCCAACUCGGGAAGUCGGCAUAGCGGAGGCUCGGGCAGUGGCUCGCAUUGA